UACUGCCGCCGCGGAGUGCCAUACCUUCCUUGGCGCUGCUUCUGCCGUUGAGCAUCGGGCUGUGGAUCCGGGAGCUCGGGCGCCGGCGACGAAUGUAGUUCUACUGCAGGACCAUGGAGCCUCUCGAUCGUAGAAGGAAGCCGGCUAAGAGGGUGUGCUACGAGAAUAAAACACGGAGAAGGCAUGGCGGCUGCAAGCGUGAACGAGAGCGAGAUCCAGAGGAAGAAGGGGGGCGAGAAAAACGAGCUUACCUUGAGAAGGACGCCGAUGGAAGGAACGUUCUCAAGUUUGGGAUACGUGUGCCGGCUGCUAGAGGAGGUGCUGGUCCUGUCACGGAGCCGUCCACGCAGAAUGGAUCUGCUGGGAAAGCUGGCAAGGAAAAAGUUUGCGUGGAACAAGCUAGAGCUUAUCAGCUGGAAGUUCUAAGUCAGGCCGAGGAGGGAAACACGAUUGCUUUUCUUGAGACUGGUGCUGGGAAGACGCUCAUCGCUGUGCUUCUGAUGAAGAGAAAGGCCGAGCUGCUGCAGCGCAAGAUACUUACAGUGUUUCUCGUCCCAAAAGUGCCUCUUGUGUAUCAGCAAGCAGAAGUUAUUCGCGAGAGAACAAACUUCAAUGUGGGACACUAUUGCGGUGAAAUGGUUCAGGAUUUCUGGGAUUCUAAAAGAUGGCAACGAGAGUUCCAGUCCAAAGAGGUUCUCGUAAUGACAGCCCAGAUCUUGCUCAACAUACUAAGGCACUCCAUUGUGAGAAUGGAGGAUAUAGAUUUGUUGAUACUGGACGAGUGCCAUCACGCUGUUAAGAAACACCCGUACUCUCUCGUUAUGUCGGAGUUUUAUCAUCUGGCUCCAAAAGAGAAGAGGCCUAAAAUCUUUGGCAUGACCGCCUCUCCAGUGAACUUGAAAGGGGUUUCAAAUCAAGAGGACUGCGCAGUUAAAAUCAGGAAUCUAGAGACUAAACUGGACUCCGUGGUUUGCACCAUUCGUGAUCGGAAGGAACUAGAAAAACACGUUCCUAUGCCAUCCGAAACCGUUGUAGAAUAUGACAAAGCCGCGGUGUUGUGGUCGCUUCGUGAGAAGAUCAAGCAGAUGAAGGAACAGGUGGAGGAAGCUUGCAGUGCGAGCUCCAAACGUACCAAAUGGCAGUUUAUGGGAGCCCGAGACGCAGGAGCAAGCGACGAGCUCCAUUUUGUUUACGGGGUCGCUGAGCGCAAGGAAAGUGACGGCGCUGCCAACUUACUGCAGAAACUAAGAUCUAUCAUUUUUUGUUUGGAUGAACUUGGACAAUGGUGCGCGUACAAGGUUGCAUCUUCGUCCUUGGGGAAUCUUCGACACGAUGAAAGAACGGCCGAUGUGAAGUACCAGGAGUUGUAUUUGACGAAAAUUGUAGACAUGUUAAAAUGUGAUCUCCAACAAGGUGCCGCGAGCAGCAGCAAGCUUGAAGCGGUUCAUGGAGAUGUCGAGGAAGGGGAAGUAAUUGAUACGAACUCUCUUUCAGGCGGAGAACAUUUUGACGAGGUUCUCGGGGCCGCUGUUGCAGAUAAAAAGGUAACGCCUAAGGUUCAAAGUUUGAUCCAGAUACUUCGAAAAUACGAACAUGUCGAGGACUUCCGUGCUAUAAUCUUUGUAGAUCGAGUGGUUGCUGCUCUGACGCUACCUUGCGUUUUGUCGGAGUUGCCAUCACUGAAGUAUGUGCGCAGUGGAAGUCUGGUCGGUCAUAAUAAUUCUCAAGAUGUGUCCACCAGACAUAUGCAUGACAGUUUGUCUAAGUUUCGUGACGGAAGUCUUAACGUCUUGGUUGCCACGAGCGUUGCGGAAGAAGGACUGGAUAUUCGCCAGUGCAAUGUAGUUGUUCGAUUUGAUCUUGCCAAAACGGUGCUGGCUUAUAUACAAUCUCGUGGCCGUGCUCGAAAGCCCGGAUCAGACUACAUUUUGAUGCUUGAAAAAGGAAAUAAGGUUCAUCAAAGUUUCCUUCGUAAUGCUCGGAACAGUGAGGAAACAUUACGAAAGGAGGCCACGGAAAGAACGAAACUCGAUCCUUGGACAGAAGCGGCAAUAGUCGCAUCUCUAGAAGAUGGGAAAGGAGAAACGUAUCAAGUUCCUUCAACUGGGGCAAUGGUCACACUCAAUUCAGCAGUUGGACUGAUCCACUUCUAUUGCUCUCAGCUUCCAAGUGACAGAUACUCGAUUUUAAAACCGGAAUUCGUUCUGACAAAGCAUUCGACAGGAGAUGUCGUUUACUUUUCUUGUAAGCUUCGGCUUCCUUCUAAUGCUCCCGUGGAGUCUUUCGAUGGGCCCGUAUGCUCAACUAUGAAGGGAGCACAACAGGCUGUGUGCUUGGAGGCAUGCAAAAAGCUACACGAGAUGGCAGCGUUUACAGAUAUGCUUUUGCCAGACACGGGUACACCAGACAAGUCCGACAAAGGCGAAGAUAACGAAACUACAGAUCCCAUUCCAGGAACAGCUCGAUAUCGAGAGUAUUUUCCUGAGGGGAUUGCAGAUUUUUUGAAGGGCGAUUGGAUCCUAAACACAAAUUAUUUGCUUUCUACGUCGCUAUAUAUGUACAUCAUUCAAUAUUCGAACGUUGGAUUUUCAACUGAUCCUCUUGUAACACAAACUUCUGAUUUUGCGGUCCUCUUCGGCAGGGAAAUGGAUCCAGAAGUUUUGACGGCAUCGGUAGAUCUUUUCGUAGCACGAACACUAACUACACAAGCAUCGUUAGUCUUUUCUGGAGUUCACCAUAUCACAUCGUCAGAGCUCACAUUGUUGAAGGCAUUUCACGUUCGACUUAUGAGUAUCGUUCUGGACGUGGAUGUGGAACCUGCAUCGACACCUUGGGAUUCAAAUAAAGCAUACCUCUUCGUUCCAUUAACAUCAAGCUGCACAAAACAGAUCGAUUGGGCUCUAAUGAACAAAGUUCUUGGUUCCCAUGCAUGGUCAAGUCCACUUCAGAGAGCAAGGCCGGAUGUUUUCCUGGGAACCAACGAGAGAGCCUUGGGUGGCGAUAGAAGAGAAUACGGCUUCAGCAAACUUCGAUCCAACGGGGUUCAGAAGCAUCCUACUUAUGGGAUUCGGGGAGCUGUGGCUGAGUUUGACGUUAUCAAGGCUUCUGGGAUAGCUCCUUUACGGGAAAAACUGGAGCCUGAAGGAAGACAGUUGCUGUUGGCCGAUGGCUAUGCUAAUAUGGACGAAAUGGACGGUAAACUUGUCACUGCGGCUCAUUCCGGGAAACGGUUCUACGUAGAAUCCGUGAUGAGGGAGAUGACUGCCGAGUCUCCAUUUCCACGCAAAGAAGGCUACCUGGGGUCGGUGGAGUACAGCUCGUAUGCAGAUUAUUACGAGCAGAAGUAUGGAGUUCGUCUACAUUGCCGACACCAGCCUAUGCUUCGCUGUCGUGGGGUUUCGCAUUGCAAAAAUCUUCUCUCGCCUCGGUUUAAACUACUAGAGAGUACGUUUUCUUCGUUUACAGUGUCGCUUUUAGCUGACUCUUGGUCUGCUGUAGGCUCGGAGGAACUCUCAGAUAAAACGUACUACGUCAUGUUACCUCCUGAGAUUUGCCUUGUGCAUCCUCUUCCAGGUUGCCUGGUUCGAGGAGCGCAGCGAUUGCCUUCAGUGAUGAAACGCGUGGAGAGCAUUUUACUCGCAGUGCAGCUGAAGCACGAGAUUGGUUUUCCCAUUCCAGCUGCGAAGGUUUUGGAAGCUUUGACGGCCGCAUCUUGCCAAGAAACAUUCUCCUACGAACGAGCCGAGCUUCUUGGAGAUGCAUAUUUGAAGUGGGUCGUCAGUAGGAGACUCUUCAUUAAGCAUCCUAGAAAACACGAGGGUCAACUUACAAGGAUGCGACAACAAACUGUCAGUAACAUGGUACUUUACGAGUUCGCUAUUUCGAAGAGCUUGCAGAGCUACAUUCAGUCGGACAGAUUUGCUCCUUCUCGUUGGGCUGCUCCGGGAGUUCCCCCUGUCUUUGAUGAAGAUCUCAAGGACGCCAACUUAGACAAUGAAGCAGCAGAGGUUCCCAAAGCUAACGAGCAUGAAGAGAGGUCUACCAAAAGCAGUGGAGAGGAAGAAGUUUUAGAUGAUUCAACGAGCUUGGAAGAUGGCGAGGCUGAAUGGGAUUCAAGCUCCUACAGGGUUUUAUCAAGCAAAACGUUGGCUGAUGUGGUGGAAGCCUUGAUAGGUGUUUAUUACGUCGAAGGUGGUACGAAGGCAGCAGCUCAUUUUAUGAAUUGGAUCAACAUUCCAAUCGACUAUGACGAGGCUGAGGCUAAUGCGGCAAGAGCUGGCUGCUCUGUCCCCGACUCGGUGAUGAACAGCAUCGACUUCGAGAAAUUGGAGCUUGCCAUUGGAUACAAAUUCCAGAUGAAAAGCGUACUUGUGGAAGCUAUAUCUCACGCGUCUCGGCCAUCAGCUGGAGUGCCGUGCUACCAGAGACUGGAGUUUGUGGGUGACGCCGUCCUAGAUCAUCUUAUAACUCGGUAUCUCUUCUUCCGCUACCAGGAUUUGCCACCGGGACGUUUAACUGAUCUACGCGCAGCAGCUGUAAACAACGAAAACUUCGCAAGGAUAUCCGUGAAGCACUCUUUUCACCUCCACUUGCGCCAUGGAUCGUCAGCGUUAGAGGCACAGAUCAAAGAUUUUGUGAAAGACAUACAGUCCGAGCUCGACAAGCCUGGCAUCAACUCUUUCGGGAUUGGUGAUUUCAAAGCUCCGAAAGUCCUAGGGGACAUUCUAGAAUCUAUAGCCGGUGCAAUAUUUCUCGACACUGGUCUGGCCGCUGAUGAAGUCUGGAAGGUCUUCGAGCGCUUGCUCGAGCCAAUGGUAACUCCAGACACCUUGCCGGUUCAUCCCGUGAGAGAACUCCAAGAGAGAUGCCAGCAGCAAGCCGAGGGACUGGAAUACCGGGCCUCGAGAGAAGGAAGCAUUGCGACAGUGGAGGUGUUCGUGGAUGGCGUCCAGAUUGGCUGCGCACAGAACACACAGAAGAAGAUGGCGCAAAAGCUGGCUGCAAGGAACGCGUUGGCGGCGCUCAAGGAGAGGGACUCGCUUGAGGAAGAGAGCAACAAGGUGACCAAGAUGGAGAACGACAAGGCCAACGCUUUCACAAGGCAGACGCUCAACGACAUUUGCUUACAGCGGCAGUGGCCAAUGCCGCAGUACAGGCUGCUGAGCGAGAGUGGACCGGCGCAUGCCAAGAGAUUUACUUACACAGUGCGUGUAAAUACGAGGGAGCGCGGAUGGACUGACGAAUGCGAAGGCCAGGCGAUGCCCAGCAUGAAGAAAGCAAAGGACUCGGCGGCCUUGGUUUUGCUAGAGGUACUCAAACAGUGGGACGACAUAAAGGCACCCCUCAAGCCCUAAUUUUUAAAAAUUUAAAUUCAAAUAAGAAUAUGCUCUCCUAAAA